AUGGAGGUGCAGAGUGAGACCCGGCCAAUCCCGGCCUAUUACUGCUGUUACCUUCUCCGCUCAACCAUCCGACACGCCUCACUAUAUAUUGGGUCCACGCCUAACCCGAUCAGGCGACUCUCGCAGCACAAUGGAGAUGCUAAAGGCGGAGCUAAACGAACCUCGCGGGAUAAAUUACGACCAUGGGAAAUGGCGUUAGUUGUGGAGGGGUUUAUGAGUAGAGUCGGUGCUCUCCAAUUUGAAUGGGCAUGGCAACACCCAGACAGAACUCGACAUAUUCAUCCGGAUAAUGAUGAUCAUCCAUCGCAAUCAAAGGUAGUCGUGAACCCUAGGACUGGCAAGACGAAGCCACGGCCCGGUCGUUCUCGAAGAUCCUUAACGGCCCACCUUGAAGACCUCCACGAGCUGUUACGAUCCACCCUAUUUUCUAGCUGGCCACUAGAGGUGCGGUUCUUCUGCGCAGAUGUUCAUCGCGUUUGGAGGGUAUGGAAUGAUCGCGUGAAUACACCCUUUCCUGAUAGUAGGACUAUCUUAGACGGCGACUGCCCGUCUUCGCGCGGAGAUACUGCUAGUAACCGAGUGGGUAGCAUUCAAAAUUUGUCAGUCGAUUAUACAAAAUUUGAAAGUUACCUCGAGAAGUCAAUGUUUAUCUUGGACGAUGCGGAUGAUCUACAGUGUCAAAUUUGCAAAGAAGCAGUUGUACCGACUGAGCAACAGAUCUUGGUUUGCCCGCAUCAGUCAUGCCGAGGCACGAAUCAUCUAUCAUGUCUAUCUACCCAUUUUCUCGAAGCAAGCGGUGAUUUGAAUACCCUCGUGCCGAAAGAGGGCACGUGUCCGACAUGCAAACAAACCGUGCAAUGGCUGCUCAUCGUGAAGGAACUAAGCAUCCGUAAUCGAGCCGAGAAAGAAGCUCGAAUUAUUCUGCGCCGGAAAGAAAGACGCGAACGAAAAGAGCUGGCCAAAGCUUCAAGCACCAAAUCCAAAACGUCACCCACUAAAGCUGCAAGUGCGCGAGAUGUUUCCGUCGAACCUACCGCAUUAAUCGAGAGCGAUCCUCUUCUGGAUGACGAUUGGUGUGAGAAGGUAGACUUAGAAUCGGACACUGAGUUCGGUGACGGACUACAUAGUCGGUCAUCUCCACCACCUAGCAGGUUGGAGAUCGUCAUCGAGGACAGCGAUUGGGAUGAUGUGGAAGUCAUAGAAUGA